UGCUACACGGAGCCAUCUUCCUUCAUCUGGAAUCUGCAUGCUCUUGGAAAGUACCGUGUGAUUGGAGGUAUAAUUUCACCUGUUAAUGAUAAGUAUGGAAAGCAAGGAUUGGCAGCAGCUGAACAUCGGAUAGCAAUGGCUCGGCUUGCACUGGAAACAUCAGAGUGGGUCAGAGUUGAUCCUUGGGAGAGUGAACAAAAGCAAUGGUGUGAGACCAUAGCCGUUCUCAGGCACCAUUACAAAGAACUGCUUAAAUCACACCAUAUCAGAGAACUGCCUGGGGAGAACAAUUGGCCCAUAGAAAAAGCUGCCAAGCCAUCAUUUGCUUCAUCACUCACAGUUGUGCCGGAGCUAAAACUUCUUUGUGGUGCUGAUUUUCUGAAGACAUUUCAAACACCAAACCUCUGGAAGGAAGAACACAUUUUAGAAAUAGUGGGAAAGUUUGGGUUGGUAUGCAUUAGUCGUGCUGGCAGUGAUCUUUCUCAGUGUGUUACUGAAUCGGAGCUUUUGAGUAGAUACAAGGACAAUAUACAUUUGGUUAGAGAAUGGGUUCGCAAUGAAAUCAGUGCCACACAUAUAAGGCAAGCUUUAUGUAGAGGCCAAAGUGUGAAAUAUCUGGUUCCUGAUUCGGUUAUUUCCUACAUUAAGCAGCACAAUGUAUAUACAGAAGAGACAGAACAAAAAAACAAAGGAGAUUUGUUGCAGCCUCUUAAGCAAUAUGGUGCUCUGCUCAGCCCUCUUAAUGACUGAUGGCUCUACUAUACCAGAUUAGUAUAAUUAUGAACUUAAAAGUGGGAAAGCCAGAUACUCCAUCUGUAAGGAAAAGUAAUCUCUGCUCCAGUCAUUUCAAGUUCAUCCAUGCUAAACAAUUUCUGUGCAUACCAAUGCAAAGUCUUUGUGGUGAUCUGAUGUCUAGAUGUAGUGUCAUUUAUGUAGGGCCUUCCAAACUGUCUUUUGAGUAUUCAAACAGUUUUACACACAUUAUGGGGAUCCAUUCUUUGUCUUGAUGAAUGAAGAAAUUAACGUUUGUUCAACCUCUUUCUCUUUGCAAGGUUUGGAGUGGAAUUGGCCACUCUGGAGUUGCUGGCUCAAGAAUUAAAAUUUACAUUAAAAUAAAAUAUUGUUCACUAGUUCCCCAUUCCAUCUGAACCAGGGAACUCUGGAAUAAUAUCAGCUUAUAAACCAGAAAAAUAAAACCAAGAUGUGGUGGCUUCAUGAAGCCUUGGACUGAUCAUUCAAAUACAGCCAGUGUGUUUUGGAAUUGCAAUGUUAUAUGCAUUUUGAUUUGCUUGGGAGAAAACCUUUUAAAACCUUUUAAUAACAUUUCAUUAUGGAAUUUAAAGGCAUGUUGAAUUAUUGUUGUAGUCUUUUUACCAUAUCACAGUAUUAUCACACUUAAAGCACAUCUGCCUUAGUGCAAAAUGAUUACUCUCAUAUAAGAAUAUAAAGAAUAAUUCCACUUGUCAGCAUUGGGUUUACAGGAACUCAUGCCACCCUCCCCUUAAUGGACUGAUAACCCUGUUGCUUACUCUUAACAUAAAAUGGACAAAAGAUCUAGUAUAUGUCUUCACCAAACAGUCCAAAGGAUGGUUGUAAGUUUCAUUAUCUUCCAAGCAACACCUUAGAGGAGUACGGUCCGUAUAUGUUUCACUCAUUUGACAUUAGUUGGCACCUUUCUUUUUUCUUUUCAUUUUUCUAGUUGAGUUUCUGGUUAGCAUCCUAAGAGUUAUUUACAGUGCCUCCAACCAAAUUCUUGUGGGAAUAUAAAAAUACUAGUCAGACAUAUGAAGAAUGCUAAUUUCAUAAUGAUUCUGUAAUAAUUUACUGGUGGAAGAAUACAAUGCAUGUUGGAAGAAAUGUGGCUUUGUUUGUAUCCUCCUAAGACAUCUAUUUUAUAUGUUGUUUAAAUGCAAUAUAUAAACUGAAUAUAACUUUUUCAUAAAAAGAUCAUCUCCCA